AAUUUAUCAUCCGUAAUUUAUUUGUCGUUUCGUUCGUGUUAACUUGGACAACUUUUAACCUUUACCUGUUUUUACAGGACGUGUAUCAUAAGUCUACAGUUGGUCAAGUUUUAAUAUUAGUAAAAAAAUCAUUGCGAACGGCGAAUUUUUCCUCCACAUUAUUCACGAUUAUACGAAUCACAAAUCGCGCAUAGUGUGGUGCUGGCUUUAAUUUCCGGCGAGGAAAAUAACGGGCUAGGAGUAGACCAGUAUUCGCACCUGGGACCUUCCAGGACGAAUGCUCAUCCGACUGAGCAUCGUCUUUAAAACGUUUACCGGUCGACAAUUAUGUUACUUUUCUCGCAAGGUGAAGAAGCACCGCGUCGUCGCUCUAUCUUCUCGUCAAGCAAAUCGAAUUUCUCCGACAACGGGUACGCCCCUGGACUCACUUUCACCGGCUGCAUCCUACGCAUCCGGAAUGGUCGAGAUUGUACAGGUUCCCUCUAGCCAGAGUAAGGCCAAUAAUAUCAGGGAUGCAGCAUGCGGAUGCAGAAAACGGACGGGACGACGGGCGAUCGUUAAUCAUACCAUCGACAUGGGUUCUUCGUCGUGGCCGUCUAUUAAACACAGAGGCGUGCAGAAUCGCGCGGGGGAAGAGGGGGAGGCGGAAGUUUCCUCCUCGCGCCGGUUGGGAACGUAAAUCGCGCGACUCUCGGGAUUAGAAUCGGGUGCCAAGUGUGUUGAGCAUCCUGGAAUGUCCCCGGAAGCAUCUUGGGGGAGCGCUUACUGCAGCCGCGCCGCGGUUAUUUACCUCUUUACGCGGAGAAACUCAUGGAACCGACGCGACGGCCGCAUUCAAAUCACGCAGCCGCGGUAGGGAGCUCGUGUGCGGCAAUUAACCCAUUUAUCGGGCCUAACACGAGGUAAAUA